AUGUCUCAGGUGGACGGCCAGGUUGUCCCUCAGGAUCUGGAAGUCGGUAACAAGCAGCAGCACUGGCGAACCAUUCGCUGCGGCGACGGUUACCACCUCAUCCAGAAUCGCGCGACGAAGAACGUUCUGGACCAUUGGGGCUCGGAGCGCAUCGCGGCGGAGAAUCGCAACUGGACGGACCCUCACCACCAGUGGCAGAUCAUUCACGUGGACGACGGUUUCGUGGCCUUCAAGAACCGCGCGUCGGGAAAUGUUCUUGACUUCUGGUAUGAAAGCAGCUACAUGGCGACUAAUGACGACCUGCAUCACCACCACCACAACUGGCGGAUUAUCCGCGCGGAUCAGGUGGAGGGUGCGGAUGCGUCGUCAUCGUCAUCGGAGGAGGAGGAGGAGUCCCCGGGAGUCAAGGUGAAGAAGAUCAAGUGCGACGAGAAUGACCUGCUGUGA